AUGUCUAGGGCUCGGCCAUACCUAUCCUUCGAGCUGCAGGAACCCGCGGGCUCGCAUUCCCCGACAAGCCCUAUUCCACCUCACGAAACAGUUACAAAUCGUCCUUGGUAUCACUACUUACCCUUGCUCUUUACGGUCGGCCUGAUCCUUUCCCCGCAUCCAUCCAUCCUCAUUGUCCUCGUACGAUACCACCUUCAAAUCCUGGAGUCGCCUCUCUACUUUGGACUCAAUCUCAUCAUCACGUAUACCCUGACAUUCUUGGCGCUGGUCUCCCUGCUCGUAUGCGUUGUCCGCGACCCAGGACCCGUAGAUUAUAAACCGGGCGAAGAAGACUCUAGUCUUGGGGAUGAGAACGCAAUGAGCUUGACAGAAGCUCUAAUGGGCCCUGGGCCUACUGACGACUAUUCGGAACCUGGAAAGUGGUGCAACAAAUGCUGGGCACCUAAACCGGAGCGAACUCACCAUUGCUCCACGUGCGGCCGUUGUGUCCUGAAGCUAGAUCACCACUGUAUGUGGUUGACCAAGUGCCUUGGACACAGAACUUACCCGUCUUUCGUUCACUUCUUAAUCUCGGUCACUCUCCUGGCCACGUACAUUGCUAGCCUUGCGAUCAAAAGUCUCAUAUUUGCCUUCACUCACUAUGAAUCCAUUGAUGAAACCACUCCUCUGCACGAACUCUUUCUUGCCGCCGAAGGACUCAUAUUUGCCAUGGUCGUUGGCUCCUUUGUGGCAUAUCAUCUAUAUCUUGUCACAACGAACCAGACGACACUUGAGCACAUAUCGCCCUACCUUCUUCUGCGGUAUUUACCCGCAUUACCACCAUCGCCCAGCGGGCAACAACUCUCAAAUCCACCUCAAGAGGAUGAACUAACGUACUACCAGCGGCGGCUCGUUCGACGUGCUCACGGGCGCAUUCGCCUCUAUGAUAUUGGCUGGAGACAGAAUUGGGCCCAGGUAUUCGGAAUCGAUGGACUUGGGAAGGCGGCGCGAUGGAAAGUGAUCCUGUAUCGAUUACUGUGCGGGGGUUCCAGUAAGGGGGAUGGUCGGACGUACCCUCGGAAUCCCCGCGCUGAGGAUAUGCUCGCCAAUCUUGCUACGGACCUCGUCAUGGAAACAAAGGAUCUAUGA